AUGUCAGUCCCGAGCAGACUGUUUUCGCAGGGUCUGCAAAUCCGCCAAUCGAGCCUACCACCGGCCUUCCUUCUCCCGUCUCUCUUCACCUCUUCAUUCUCGACAUCGAGCCCGCUAUCUGCUCGUCGCGACGGCAACCCCAAAAGAGGUGUAUCAGCUCUUCGUCGCACUGGUCUUCGCCGUCGCCAAACCCUCUCCGUAAAGCCUGAGGACCUCCCCAGGCCCGUUACCGACAGCAAGGAGCGUUCGGAAAUCGACGUGGACCCCAACCACGGACUCUGGGGCUUCUUCAACCGUGAGAGAUUUCCUUUUGCGACACCAGAGUACGACAACAGCCACGGCCGAGCAUGGACUGUCCAAGAAUUGAGAGGAAAGGACUUUGAGGAUUUGCACAAGUUGUGGUGGGUCUGCGUCAGGGAGAGAAACAGAUUGUCUACCGAGUCGUACGAGAGAGGAAAGGCAAAGGCUGGCUACGGUGAAUACGAAGCAGGAGCCAGAGAAGAAGAGGUCAAGCACACACAAAAGGCAAUCAAGCACGUUCUGACCGAGCGCUGGUACGCUUGGGAAGAUGCGCGUAUGCUUGCUGAGUCCGACCCUAGUGUGAAUCUCUAUCCUAAAGCUGGAGAGCCCUCUUACACCGCCACAGAAAGCGCCUUUGAGGAGUACACAGAGCCGGAGCAAAUCCAAUCAGCACAACAGGACAGCCAAGUGCCUUCAUCAGAGGCUCAAUCGCAAGUGGUUCCUGAGCAAAUCAAGACACAGCAGGAGACGCGGGUAUAAAGCGGAUCAGGGGCUUCAGUAUUUCUUGACCGAGUGUAUUAUGACAACUUGUACAACAAAUUUGAAAAGAAGAUGAAUGAAA